AUGCUCCAAGCUAAAAUAUACAACUUGGAGACGAUUUAUCCCAUGGCUUUUAUUGCUAUCAUCAAAUCUUAUUUCUCUACAAGAAAUGGAACACCAAGGCAACCUCUAAUUGCAAAUCUUGCAAGGGCACUUUUCACAUUUGAUACAUCGUGUGUCCCACCAUCUUCUCUUGAAGUUAUGGAAACAUCCAUCUAUGUCAAAGUUGAAAGCAAAGGUAAGAGUACCAAGAUUGAAAGACACAAUUUUGAUGGCAUAAUUGGGUUGAAGAUCAAGUUGAAAGACAUGCGAGGAUGCGUUGACUAGAUUUUGUGGUGGUAUGUCCAAAAGCAUGAUGGAGGUAACGGUUAUAAAUUAUAAUAUGAAAAAUCUCAUAAGGCUUGG